GUUGUGUUGUGUGCGCGUGUAAUAAUAAUGAAAUGAAAUGAAAUUGAAUUCAAACAAAUUUGAAAUGAAAUAUCUAAAACAUAAACGCGGGCUCUUUUUCAAUUCUCCAAAAUUUUCAUUUUAGAUCCAAAACCCUCACAUAUUUAUAAUCUCACAUUUCUCUCUCAAUCACAUAGAUAGGGUUAUUCAUAAUAACCCUAUACCCUCAAUUUCCAGAUCUUCAAUCUCUUCUCAUCAAUUCAUCAUGUCAAUUGAAUUGCUUCCUGAUGGGGUACUUCAAUUUAUAUUGUCGCAUAUCAAUAAUGGCCGUGAUGUUGCAUAUUGCAAUUGUGUUUCUAAGAGAUGGAAGAACUCUAUGGCUUAUAUCAAAAGUCUUUAUUUUACUCGCAAUGCAUUUGACAACCCUUCUCACAAUGAAAAUGCUGACAUGAUUGUGAAAAGAAUGGUAUCGGCUGUUGAGCGUUUAGAAGAGUUAGUUGUUUACUGUCCUUUCUCCCAAUCUGGCCUUGCUUCUUGGCUAUCGCUUGCAGGUCCAUCUCUUUCUCAUCUCGAGCUUCGAAUGGACAACCUUGGCGACAAUACGAUUAGACAUGAAUGCCCGUCAAAAUUGGACUGUGUUGGUGCAGCAAUGAAUUUGAAAACCCUAAAACUGUGGGGUGUCUUGAUCGAAUGUACCCCUAAGUGGGAUGUGUUCCAUAACCUUAGGAUCCUUGAAGUUGUUGGGGCAAGAUUGGAGGAUGCUGCAGUGAAUGCAGUGAUUCAGGCAUGUCCAAAUCUGACAAGGCUGCUACUGCUUGGAUGUGAAGGCGUCCAUUCAAUUUCAAUCAACCUGCCAUAUCUAGAGCAGUGUAAGCUGGAUUUUUAUGGCCUCGGGAACUGCACGCUUACACUAAUCUCCCCUAAAAUUGAAUCUCUUGAGGUACAAGGCUGUAGUGUGAUUAAGGUUCCUGAAACCAAUCAUUUGAAGAAUCUUUCAAUUUCUAAUAGCGGAGGGAGAGUAUACAUGGUUGAUUUUGGAAACCUGGAAGCCCUGGAGUUCCUAUCGAUGCGGGGGAUACAGUGGUGCUGGGCUGCAAUAUGUCAAAUGCUGAAAUUGGCAAGCGAUGUGAAACAUCUUUACAUGAAGGUUGAAUUCACUGGGAACUAUGAUGCUCUUCAACCCUUUCCAGAGAUUGAUUUUGUUGAUUUCUUCAAUAGCCAUCCCAAGCUGCGCAAGUUUGACAUCCAUGGAGCCAUGUUUGCAGCACUAUGCCAGAAGAAUAGUCUAAAACAUGUUGAUUCUGAAUUUGUGAUUCCAUGUUUGGAGGAGGUCUAUAUCACUGUGAGAUCACCAUUAAAUGCUGAACAAAAAAUGAGUACUCUUGAAUCCUUGUUGAAGUAUGGGAAAAAUUUAAGGACCAUGGUUAUCAAGAUUCUUCAGAUGAAGGGAUCACAUAACAGUGCUGAUGACUUUUUUGAUGAGAUUUGCCGGUUUAGAUACAUGCACCGUGAGAUUAUUCGAAUAGAAUAAAAUUUGAUGCAUUUUUUAUUACAGGACAUUUCUUUCUGAUUUCCAGUUUCAGCUGAACUUCUUAAUUGAUCAUGGCUUUCCCUUUGUGGAGCUAAUUUAUUGUUUUGAACAUUUAAAAUUUUAUAAUCUCUUUUUAUCUAAUUUAGAGAAUGAAGGGUUUACCUCAUCUCCCAUGAUUGUCAAAAGCACAGUGAAACAAUGUUGCGAAAAUUAUGUUACACUGAUUCCUUGCAUACAAUCAAGCUUAUUCAGGAGGGGGACCAAAAGAAUCAAAGGUUUGGUUAUGACAAUGUGCUGAUCAAGAAUAUGUUACCGAGUCUGUGCUCAUUGUGUAGACUUCCUAGCAAAGAUGGGUGCCGAAAGCAAUGUUCCUUUGGUGAUUGUUGAUUCACCUCCUACAGAGAUGGAUGGUUUAUUGCUUGCUGAUGCCAUGGGCACAAGUUGGUGAGGCAUUGAGCCCUAAUUUCUCUUUGUCAUGUUUUUUUUACCUUGUUUGUAAUAAAGAAAUUGAGUUUAAAUUUAAACUUGAUGUCAUUUAUUUUAUACCAUAGUUCAAUGUUGGAAACAGAUCAUCUGCUA